AUGGGCAACUUGAUAUCUCAACAAUUCGUUCGACUUCCGUACCCGACGGCGUCCUUUUCGGGAAAGACGGUCAUCGUGACGGGGAGCAACACCGGGUUGGGGAAAGAAGCGGCUCGACACUUUGCUCGCCUCGGGGCCGCGAAGCUCAUCCUCGCCGUACGAAACACGGCCGCCGGCGAGGCCGCCAAGAAGGACAUUGAAGCCACGACCGACUGCGACGCCUCCGUCAUCCAAGUCUGGCAUCUGGACCUGGCGUCGUACGACUCUGUGCGGGCAUUCGCCAAACGAGCCACCGACGACCUUUCGCGGGUUGACGUCCUGUUGGAGAACGCCGGAGUCGCCACGUUCAAAUGGGACCUCGCCGAGGGCCACGAGCGUACCGUCACGGUCAACGUGCUGUCGACGUUCCUGCUUGCCCUUCUCAUGCUUCCCAAACUGAGGGCCACGGCCAAGGAGACCAGCACCACCCCGACCUUGACCGUCGUCUCGUCCGAGGUCCACGGCAUGUCCAAGUUUCCCGAGUGGAGGGAGCCAAACACCUUUGACGCGCUCGACGACAAGACCAAGACCGACUUCAAGGAACGGUACCCGACGAGCAAACUGCUCGAGGUCCUCGCCGUCCGCGCCAUGGUCCCCAGGAUGCGUGGGGAGGGCGAGGUCACCGUCAACUACCUCAACCCUGGCCUGUGCCAUUCCGAACUCGCCCGCGAAGGCGGACUGACCUUCACCGUCCUCAAGUUCUUGUUUGCACGUACCACCGAGGUCGGUAGUCGGACGUUGGUGGCGGCCGCGGCGGCCGGACCCAAGAGCCACGGCAAGUACAUGACCAAUUCAAAGGUCGACGACGAUGCAUUGUCCUCGUUUGUCAGGAGUGAGGAUGGAAAAAAGGCUAGCGAGAAGGUUUGGAAGGAGUUGGUCGAGAUUUUGGAAAAGGCCGAGCCUGGUGUUGUCGGCGAGAACUUGUGAUGGAUACACCUCGCGACGAGCGCGUCGGACUGUGUGAAACUCGUG